AGUUCGAGUCUACUUUUCUGGCGAGCAGCGGAGGUUGAAAUACGAACGUACCGCUCUCUUCCGAGGAUCCCGUCACCGUCUCCCUCCUUCCUCCGCCUUCGCUCUCGACGGAUCGAUCGCCCGAUCGAUCGAGAUCUCCAUCUUCGCCCGACCGAAUCCCGCGAGGCUUCCCCCAUUCGAUCGCUUCCUCGGAUCCAGCCCCCUGCACGAUCCAUUCGCCAAUGGAUAAUUCUGGCGAAUGUUGUUCUACGCAACUUAUUGAUGGAGAUGGAACAUUCAAUGUUGAUGGACUGGAAGGUUUCAUCAAGGAGGUCAAAUUGAAGGAAUGUGGCCUUUCAUACGCCGUUGUCUCCAUCAUGGGUCCUCAGAGCAGUGGGAAGAGUACACUGUUAAAUCAUCUAUUUGGCACCAACUUUACGGAGAUGGAUGCUUUUAGAGGGAGGUCCCAAACCACCAAAGGUAUAUGGCUGGCAAAAGGUGCUGGCAUUGAACCGUGUACUUUGGUUAUGGACUUGGAGGGAACCGAUGGAAGAGAAAGAGGAGAGGACGAUACUGCUUUUGAAAAGCAGAGUGCACUUUUCGCAUUGGCUGUCUCCGAUAUAGUGCUCAUUAACAUGUGGUGUCAUGAUAUUGGCCGUGAACAAGCUGCCAACAAGCCUCUUCUGAAAACUGUAUUCCAGGUCAUGAUGCGAUUGUUUAGUCCUCGGAAAACAACUCUUUUGUUUGUCAUACGGGAUAAAACAAGGACUCCUCUGGAAAAUCUAGAACCUGUCUUGAGAGAAGAUGUGCAGAAGAUAUGGGACAAUGUUCCUAAGCCACAAGCACACAAGGAAACUCCUCUCAGUGAAUUUUUUAAUGUUGAGGUUGUUGCUCUUUCUAGUUAUGAAGAGAAGGAAGAGCAAUUCAAAGAGCAGGUGGCCAGCCUUAGACAGCGGUUCUUCCAUUCUAUUGCACCUGGUGGGCUUGCAGGAGAUCGAAGGGGAGUAGUUCCUGCUUCAGGAUUUUCUUUUAGUGCUCAGCAGAUGUGGAAGGUUAUUAAGGAGAAUAAGGACCUUGACUUGCCUGCACACAAGGUCAUGGUUGCUACUGUACGAUGUGAAGAAAUUGCCCACGAAAAGUAUUCCAGUUUUACUGAAAAUGAGGAUUGGCGUGUGAUUGAAGAGGCUGUGCAGUCGGGACCAGUUCCUGGUUUUGGAAAGAAACUUAGUUCAAUUCUUGGGGCUUGUCUAUCAGGGUAUGAAUCAGAGGUUGUAUAUUUUGACGAGCGUGUUAGAUCUUCGAAGCGGAAGCAGCUUGAAGAAAAAUUACUUCAACUUGUACAACCGGCUUUCCAAUCUGCUCUUGGACAUAUUCAGUGCGAAACUCUAGAUAAGUUCAAGGAAGCAUUUGAUAAGGCUUUGAUUGGAGGAGAAGGGUUUCGUGUGGCUGCUCAUGACUGCACUCAGUUUUAUAUGGCUCUAUUUGACAAAAGAUGUGCAGAUGCUGUAAUUGAACAAGCCAAAUGGGAUACAUCUAGAGUACGGGAGACGCUGCGGCGUGACAUUGAUGCCCAUGUUGCUUCAGUCCGUGCUGCCAAGCUCUCUGAGCUUACAAAAGCAUAUGAGGCAAAACUGAAUGAAGCAUUGUCUGGACCAGUGGAAGCUCUUUUGGAGGGAGCUAAUAAUGAAACCUGGUUGGCUAUCAGGAAACUUCUUUCACGUGAGACCGAAUCAGCAGUAGCUGGGUUCUCUGGUGCCCUUUCUGGUUUCAACCUGGAUGAACAGAGCAAGGAAAAAAUGCUUGCAGGUAUAAAAGAUCAUGCAAGGGGCGUGGUUGAAGGGAAAGCAAGGGAAGAAGCUGGAAGAGUCCUCACCCACAUGAAGGACCGGUUUGCAACAUUGUUCUGCCAUGACGCUGACUCUAUACCAAGAGUUUGGACAGGGAAGGAAGAUAUUCGAGCAAUCACAAAACUUGCUCGUUCCGCGUCAUUAAAGUUGCUGUCUGUAAUGGCGGCAGUGCGUUUGGAUGAUGAGAAAGAUAACAUCGAGAAAACUUUGUCCGUUGCUUUACUGGACACCAAGCCUACUGCCACUGACAGGAGCAUUACAACAGUAGAUCCCUUGGCUUCCAGCACAUGGGAAGAGAUUCCUUCGUCAAAAACACUGAUCACACCUGUUCAGUGCAAAUCAUUGUGGAGGCAAUUUAAGGCAGAGACUGAGUACACCGUCACUCAAGCAGUUUCUGCUCAGGAAGCGAACAAGCGUAACAACAACUGGUUGCCACCUCCAUGGGCAAUUGUUGCGUUGGUUGUUUUGGGGUUUAACGAAUUUAUGACACUUCUUAGAAAUCCUUUCUAUUUGGGCGUCAUUUUUGUUGGCUUUUUACUUGUCAAAGCACUAUGGGUGCAGCUUGACGUAUCAGGCGAAUUCCGUCAUGGCGCUCUUCCUGGGCUUCUAUCCUUGUCGAGCAAGUUCGUUCCCACUAUUAUGAACCUUCUCAAAAGACUAGCAGAAGAAGGGCAAGUACCUGCAUCAAAUAAUCCUCACGGAAAUCCUGCUCUCGCACCGAAGAGCUUCCACAAUGGAGUCGGAACAUCGAGUGGUCUUUCUUCCACUGCUUCUUCGGACAUAACGUCGGAGCAAGAAGCUGAGUAUUCAAGUCCUUCUAAAGAUGAUUAGAUGGGAAGUCGUCGUGCUGGAGUCAUUAGCAUUAGAUCGAAGAUUCUUAUAAUCUACUCCGAGAAUGGUAGGCAUUGCGUGGAAUGCUCGAAGAAUAUUUGCUGCGAUCAUUGCGAGACGAGACGGAGUACAUUUGAAGGCAUUUAUUUUUGUCAAGAGUGCCGCUUGGAGGAGGUUGCGCGUCUUGCAACGAGCCCCAUUCACUAGUUAAAUCUUGUGAUAUUAAUUUAUGGAUAAGUUGCAGUGAUGCGUUUCUCGUUUUCGCCUUUUCUUUGCUUCCUUUUCUCGUUUGGGACUUGGAAAGAGUCGUGCUGGUUUGAAGACUUUUUGAGUGCAAUUUUGUAUCACAGAGACGCUACUCAUUAUAAUAGACCAGAAAAGAAAGAACAUGUAGUAGCUUUUCGUCUGUCA